GCCACGUUACUUGACUCUCACAAUUUCCUGCUUGUCAACGUUCUUUCCCUUGCCCAAACAUGUCCUGGCUCUGGAAUCCCCAAGGUGAUGCAUCUCAUACGCGCAACACCGCCCCAGGCGAGAAACUUGUGCCGGACCCUUCCAUCCCCAACAGAAUGGAAACAACGAAAUCAGCAAACAAACCAUUUUUAGCAUACAAAGAAUACAAGGAUAAACAGGAACAGGACCACAAAGCUUGGAUGGAGAGAAAGAUAGAGCGUGAUGCAAAGGUGGCCAGAGGGGAGAAAGUUGGUCCAGAAGAGCGUGAUCCAACUGCGCAGGAAGAAGUUGGGAUUUUGGGCCUUCUGAAGUUCCUCGUAUACGUCUUAAUCAUUAUUGCGUUGGCUGGGAAAUUCUUUACGGGCAGUUUCACUUGGGAGUAUGAUGGAAAGUGGACUCGACUGAAGACAUAUUGGCCGACCAACCAACGUUUAUUCUCGGAAGGUUUGCUUGCGCAGUUCGAUGGGACGGAUAUCAACAAGCCUCUUUAUCUGGCAAUCGACCACGACGUAUACGAUGUUUCCAGUAAUAGACGGACCUAUGGCCCUGGCGGCUCAUACCAUCAUAUGGCAGGAGUUGAUGCCGCAAGGGCUUUUGGGACUGGUUGUUUUCUUACACACCGCACUCAUGAUUUGCGAGGUUUGACCGAUCGUGAGAUGAAGGGAGUUCAACACUGGAAAAAGUUUUUCGCGGAGCAUAAGGACUAUACUAAGGUUGGAAAAGUUCUCCAUCCUCCUAUCGACCCGGCGAGUGAAAUCCCGGAGCACUGCAAUCCUCAGGAUGCGGAUAGUGAUAACCCAAGGAAGCAAAGUAAAGAGAAUCCUAGAACUUCUCAGAAGCAACCAAAACAAGGCCAGCGAAAGCGGGAAGAGUUAUAGAUUACCAAUGUACUAUAUAUGUCUGCUUGUAUACAUUUGGGGUGCGAGUAUUAAAUGGCAUUAAGGGCUUGAAGAUAUUUGUAGCGCAUAGCAUAGCAUAAUGUACGGCGUCAAAGGUGAUUCAUAAUAGGGUUCCAGAUUUUUCACCAGGUCCCUUUAGUCGGUAUCUAGGAAUGAAGUCAGUUUCUUCAGCGCACAUGCAAGGAACAUUAUACCUACUUGCAUAGGUGAGCCAUGAGUCAUGAAGUAAUUCCGUAGAAGGGGAAAGUCGGCGAUUGAGCCGUCUAGCAUAGAAGAAAAUGGACUUUCGUGAUACUUGGCUACGAUGAUAUUACCGCGCCAAGCGCAGGACUCUCUAAAAGCCCUGCCUUGUAUUUCGCGGAUACACUUGUUUAUGGGGAAUGGCAUGCCAUCACGCGAAACAGUAGGGUAGAAGAUAACGAAAGGAUUAGCGAAUUUUUUGUUC